ACCAUUCUCUGGUGCACCUGAAGAUUCAACAGUCUGUUGAAGAAUCGACGCCCAAAUACCGGCUUGGUAGAUCUCUUGUCUUGUUUUUAAUCAUACCAUAAUAAACUUUUAACAAAACACACGCGACUUUCAUCGCUCUUCGUCUGCGUCUCGGAUAAUUAAAGGCAGUUGAGGAUGGCCGUGACCGUGAUUAGACAGUGGUUUUUGGCAAUUUUUUUCUGUGAAGUGAUAUGUGACAACAAAGGAAUUGCUGACAUCCAAAUUGCGGCAAUUUAGCAGAAAUUUGGAUUUAAAUGGAUGAGGGCGCCUGGGCGCAAGAAGUGCCUGUUUUGGUUUAGUUAUACCUGUAUUACCACAAGCAGCCGAAUUUUUCUUGAACGGGAGCAGUGGACUUAUAUUUGGAUCAGGGAGUGAAUUAGUCGAUCUACCUGGUAAUGAGGUGUCGUCAGCUGAUAUGGGUACCGCUAUGCCGAGAGCUUUAACCUGCAGCAGGGGCCUUCCAGCAGUGCUGAAUCCAUCAGUUCUUCAGUGCCGGAAUACAGUGAGGUGCGCGACUAGUGAUCGAAAAUCUUCAGGACCAAAUUGCGUACGAAUAAGUGAUAAUGUGCUGCCUAAGGACUUUAGGUGUGUUAACAGUGACUUUAUCAUUAGUGUGGUCAAUGACCUUAGAGACAACCUCCACAAGACCACGUUCGAGUGAUACUGACAACGCCAUCAACCACAUUCCAGAUAUCAACUCCUCCACUUUGAACAUCCUGGACGUACGAACGCCGCCAAAGGUCCAGAGCCAAAUCAAAGACAAACUAUCCAGCAAAUACUCCAUUGAAGCUUCUCAUGCUGGAGUGGCCAUUCCGGUCGACGAGGAUGUCGUUAUGGAGGAAAGUACUAAAAGAGCGAACUUUUACAAGCUGGACAGGCCAACUACUGCCAGUGGCGGACUGUCCACUUGGAUCCUCUUGAGUGGCCACUCGUCCUCUACUACCCCAAGCCCUGCCACAAAGAAACCCAGCUUGAAACCCGAGAUCAAUGAGACGCUGAGUGAGAAACCCACCAAACUCUCCAAGCCAGUUUUCAAGCAGCGCAGCACCACUUUGAAACCAGUGACUACCACUAGUAAAAAAACAACUACUGUGCGAGUGAACACUUUUUCGCCGUCAGCAAAAACCACCACCAGAAAGCCUGCAAAACUCACGAAAGUUAAGGCCUCUUUGAUUCAAAGCCUUACCAACCCCAAGGCAAAUAAUGCGACUACAACGGCGAAACCUGCAAAGCAUGCUUCAACCACUUUGAAAAGCGUUACAAUGCGAGAAGUAACCACUACCCUGACUACUACUCAGCCCUCAGCUAGCCUUCCCCUUGAAGCCAAAGAAGACGACAGCACACUCCCUUCAACUGAAGCCAGCAAGAAGAAGACGCAAAAGAAGAAAAAGAACAAAACGCGCAAGCGAAAGCCCAGCAAAUCGAGCAAGGAAGGCAACAACAAACUCAAAGAGGUGGAGUCUCCAGGCACUCAGCUCUACAGCUACUUGCGCAGCGAAAUAAUCCCAGUAACUGUUGGUGUUAGUCUGGUGGGUCUUCUGGUCACCGCAGGCCUGGCCAGCUACUACUUGCAGCCUUUCGCAGCCCUGCGAAGAAGCGAUCCUAUCGACAGAAAAGACACUGCAGGAAGCUACUACUACCAAGACGAUUACACAAACGCCAUGCCAGAAGAGGAGGCAAUAGGCAAAGUCAUAGCAGGAAUGCCCGAAAACGUCUUGCAGGAGAACACUGCAACCACCUACAAGCAACCCACGUCCAGAAACGCCUACCAACAAAACGUUCGCUACAGGCAAGUGGAUCGGAGAUCUCAGAUCUUCAUGAAUCCCUAUGGAUCAGUGGAAGAUGUCAAGCUCCAUGACCGGCCAGCAGUCAGCUACAAUGAGGACAAAAAAUUUGUUGUUGGUAGCGCUCAGACUGAAGCAAUGCCCGAAGUUACUCCUGCAGUUGUUCCUGAGCACGGGCCACGGAACCUGAAAGAUGCUGACCGCAAAUUUGUUGUUGGGAGCAUUCCUGAGGAGUUUUACUCAUCGGGGGCUGCCCCUCGUAGUAUGCAGAUGCGGAGGCGCCGGGAGGCGCUCCCAAACGACAUGGACAAUGAAAUAUUUUCUGGAGAAAACGACAUCGACGGCGGAGAUCGUUGGAAGCAGAGCACAACAGACAAAAUUCCAGUUACAACUUUCGCAGCUGCAGAAGAAUCCACGGCUACAGACAUUGAGACAACAGAAGAGGCCGUCAAGAGCUCCACUCCUCAUAACGUGUUCAGUCCAACCGAACGCCCAAAUACCUUCCUUGAACUGAUAAGCGAUUUGUUCAAGUUAAAGGUCCGACUUGGGAUGGAAUUGAUUCAAAACUUCACCAGCAGCGUCUCAACGUAUGUUUCCAAAGUUCACACCAGAUUGGAUGAACAUUAUCGAAAAGCCAACAGAGAGAAUAAUCAGUCAAAGACCCACUCUAAUUAAUCAACUUGGGUUUACUGUAGUUUAGGUUUAAGAAAGUUGUGACUGUGUAGGUUUAAAGCACUCGAUUCUAGGCCAUUCUAUUGCAGACUUCAGCGGAGACAAGCGAAAGCAAUCAUUUAAACGUUACCUUAUUUACUAUGCUCAAAGUUGAUCUUGCCUGGGAUUUUCUAAAUUGAGGGUAGUUCUAGUCCAAAGAAGUUUCACUUUGAAAAUUGCAAAAAAAUCCUUGCGGUGUUGGUGAUGGGUUAACUAGUAAGAUGCAUGGGAAUAGAGAUGCUGUGUGUUUUAUUGAUUAUUUAGGUAAGCAGGUCUAGCAGGAGUAAGUAAGACUGUAUAAAAACUAAAUUAUUUUCUUAGAGUUAGAGGAUUGCUAGUGGAUAAGAGUUGAAAUGAUUUUUUAUUAGAAUUAAAGCUAUUAUAGAUAA